AUGGGUCAAACAGUAUUCAACUACGAGCUCCAUCCAGCUCAAAUUGGAGACGAUUUACAAGACCAGUCAAACGACGACGCAGCCACUGCACUGCGAGAAUUCUCCUUGCCCCCAGUGGACGGGGGUAAGGAUGCAUGGCUAUGUCUGGUGGGAGCUUUCCUCUUAGAGAUGAUGGUCUGGGGAUUCCCUUUUUCAUUUGGUGUAUUUCAGGACUACUACACCACCACCGAACCAUUUGCCCAGGAUGCAUCCCGUGUGUCCCUGGUAGGAUCGUGCUCGAUGGGUAUCCUUUACCUUGCCUCGCCUUUCAGCCUUUUUUUCCUGCAGCGCUGGCCAUAUCUAGGUCGGAAAAGUAGUAUCGCCGGUCUCGUGAUUGCAACUGUUGGAAUCCUGUCAUCCGCAUUUGCCACCACGGUGUGGCAGCUGUUGGUGACCCAAGGGAUUAUCUACCCCGUUGGUGCUUGCAUGCUCUAUUAUCCCGUUCUCAUAUAUAUUGACGAGUGGUUCGCCGGAAGCGGUCUUGCAGGAAUUAUAUUCCCCUUUGUUGUCAGCGCCGCACUCUCAAAAUAUUCUUACCGGACCACUAUAUGCGCCUGGGCUGUGGCCAUGGUUCUGCUCGUAUGCCCCUUCCUGCCAUUCGUGAAGCCGAGAACGCCAAUUGCCGCCGCCCCAAUGCCCCGACGGCAAAAGAUCAGCUUCGAAUUCCUGUGGUCGCGCCCAUUUCUAAUUUUUCAGCUGGGAAGCACUCUCCAGAGUCUGGGAUAUUUUGCUCCCUCUCUUUACUUGCCAACAUACUCACGCCUCGUGGUUGGGGAAUCGGGAUUCGGCACCACUGCACCCGUGACCCUCAUGAACGCGGGCAUCACAAUUGGGUUCAUUCUCGUAGGCUUCUUGAUCGACAAGUGGCACGUGACAAACGUCAUCCUCCUCGCUACCGUUGGGACCGUUCUCGCUGUAUUCGCGAUCUGGGGCCUGUCAGUCUCGCUACCGCCUCUAUGCCUGUUCGCCAUUGUCUACGGGGUCUUCGCGGGCAGUGCCAGUGCAACCUGGCCCGGGAUAGUGCGGGCUGUCAAAGAAGUCGACGAGACUGCUUCUACUGGUAUCAUAUUCGGCUUAUUAAAUGCUGGCCGGGGUGUGGGCUCGAUAGCGUGUGGACCAAUCAGUGAAGUUCUAAUUAACGCGCAAUGGCCGUUAAUCGCGAAGUCUGCGGCUUUCGGGUAUGGGACGAGAUUCGGGGGCUUGAUUGUCUUUACAGGGCUUACUGCGGGUUUUGGAGCGUUAGGAUUUGCGGCGAGAAGACUGGGAAUCCUUCACUAA